AGAAUCUCUUUUCCCUAUUAACGCAGGAAUUUGUUCCUUCGUCUCCUAGGGUUAGGUUUAGGGUUAGGGUUAGAAUUAUAGUUUUGCACAUCUCUCUGGGCUGCAGUCAGCCUCUCUGAGUGGAAUCCCUUCUUCGCAAUUCCAACCUUAGCAGCCAUGGAUUCCGUUACCAAAAAGCGAAAGGCCGACGAGAACGGUGAAGCUGGUUCAGGUACGAGGCUAACACCGGAGGACACUCGUAAGAUCAUCGAACCCUUCACUCAAGAACAGCUCCUCCAAAUCCUCCAAGACGCCGCCUUCCAUCACUUGGACGUUCUAGAUGCAGUCCGCGCCAUUGCCGAUCGCGACCCGACGCAGCGCAAGCUCUUCAUCCGCGGUCUCGGUUGGGACACAACCACCGAAGGCCUACGCAAUCUGUUCUCCCAAUAUGGUGAUCUUGAAGAAGCCAUCGUCAUCCUUGACAAGGUUACAGGAAAGAGCAAAGGUUACGGAUUUGUCACUUUUAAGCACAUCGAUGGUGCUCUGCUAGCGUUGAAGGAGCCCAGUAAGAAGAUAGAUGGUCGAAUGACCGUCACCCAGCUCGCCGCUGCAGGGAAUUCGGGCCCCACCGGAAAUCAGCCCUCGGCGGGUGAUGCCUUGAUGCGGAAGAUAUACGUUGGGAAUGUUCCGCAAGAUAUGCCGGCGGAUCGUCUCUUAGCUCACUUCUUGUCUUAUGGUGAGAUAGAAGAAGGGCCAUUAGGGUUCGACAAGCAGACUGGGAAGUCUAAAGGGUUUGCUUUGUUUGUCUACAAAACAGCUGAGGCCGCAAAGGCUUCGCUUGUUGAUGCCACCAAGAACAUUGAUGGGCAUCAAUUAAUCUGCAAAUUGGCCAUCGAAGGAAAGAAGGGGAAGACCGGCCAAGCUGUAGUUGGUGCUGGAGGAGUUCAUGCCCCUACUGGUGUCCCGGGAGAAAUAGCUGGAGAUGGGCUUGGCGUGCCGCCACCUACUUCCAUGCCGAGCACUUUUACUUCUCAAUAUGGUGGUCCACCGGCUGGGCUUUCUUCCUAUGGUGGUUUCUCCGGUGUCCAUCAGGGCCCACCUCCAUUUGGUGGCCACCAUCAUAACAAUCUGAAUUCGCCCCUGCAGCCAUCGAUUGGUGCUUCUGGGCUGUCCGCUGUAGGGAGUCAGGUUCCAUCUUCGUUGGGUGCCACAGGCGGCUAUGGUGCAGGCUUGAGUGGUGGUCCAUAUGGUGCUUCACAAUAUGGUGGACCUACUUCGGGCGGUUAUGGUGGAUUGGGUGGUGGCGGAUCAUCUUUGUAUCGGUUGCCGGUGAGUUCUGUUGGUAUGCCUUCUGGGAAUUAUCCAGAGAGUGGGCACUAUGGGUUGUCAUCUGCAUAUCCAAGUCAGCAUCAUCCACCUGCAGGGACAUCGCCGGUGCCUAGGCUACCACCUGGGGCAUUGUAUCAGAGUAUGCCUCCUUAUUGAUUAGUACUUGGAUUCGAUUGAAAUUUUUGAAGUAAAUAAAUAGGAAGGAGAUGGUUAGGUUUAUUUGUAUACCAAAAUUGAGGGUCAGGUGGAUUGCUACACAGCAAAUAUUAAUGAGGCAUGUUGUAAAAGGUAGCAGUAUGACAGUAUUGCUACCGUCAGGUAAUCCACUAAUCCUGCCCCGCCCCUCCCCCCCCCGCCGCACAAAUCAAUAUUGCAACCGUCAUAGCUAUUUUUUCUUGAUUAGGAUAAUAAAUUGGCCUAAAAUCUUAGUAGUCAAACGGAUAGAAGCAAAGAUUUACAUAAGUUUGUGUUUUUGUAGAGUUUUUUUUUUUAAUUAAAUUUAGAGUUUAGAUGUUCUUUUUACAGGCAAUUGUUGCUUUUUUUUUUUUUGCUAAUCAUGGUUUAUAAGGAAGAAUAAAGAGCAACAACAAACAACAAUGAUAACCUUAUUCUCAUUAAAUGGGCACGGAUCCAUUAGAGUAUAAAUGUUAGAAGAAAAGGUAUUAAAAGUUAAUAGAAAAAAAAGGAGAGGCAAAACACAAAUGUCAAGAGCAGCAUCUUGGAAAAUGUUACCCUAACAGGGGUCAGUGAUGCAGGUCUUUGUCCUCUAAAUGGUUCUACUUGUAGUCAUACUUGUGAUGAGUUUUAGCUUUUGCAUACUUCUAUGGUCAUUUUAGUUUGUCCCUAUUUUUUAUCUUCUAUUUGAAUAUGUUUACUCCCCUUUACUAGUACAUCCAUUGGUCUACAUUAAAUAUGCCCAUACCACCUCAUGUCUCUCGUAAAGCUUGUCCUGGAUUGGUGUGACUCUCAAAUCAAUUCUAAUAAUGUAAUUCUUUAUUCUUUCUCUCUUUGUCUUGACACAUUUCCCUCAACAUCUUCAUCUCUGAUACAUUCAGCUUGUCUGCAUUAUACUUUCUGACUAUCUGGUAUUCUGCUCCAUAUGUCAUAGUUCUUCUUAUCACUGUCUUGUAAAAUUUUCCCAUAAGUUUGGGUGGCAUUUGUUUGUUACAUAACUCUAUCGUUGCACCUACGCAUUUUACUCAACUUACUGUAAUUUUAUGGGCAACAUUAUCCUCUAUAUGCCUCUCAUUAUUAAUGGUUGGUCUUGGAUACCUAAAACAAUUACUUUGUGACAUUUUUCGUUUCUCAAGUUUUACUACUUCAUCUAUUUUGCAUGUUUGGCUGAAGUUAUGCCUCAUAUAUUAUAUUGUCUUUGUUCUUC